AUGCAAUUCACCAACUCUAUCGUUGCCUUCGGCCUCUUCGCUCUUGUCGCCUCAUCGCUCAUUCCCAAGAAGAACGCAGAUGCAACUCCCACCAGCUCUGCCCCACGCUCAGCGGCAACCCCUGCUACCUCGAAAGGCUCGUCCAAAGACCCAAAAGGUUCGAAGGCCCUCAACCCCCCACCUUCUCCCUCCAAUCCACUCAAGACUCGCACAGCCGACGUUCUAAAGCCAUCGGCCUACAACGACUUCCAGAUCUCCUCAGGGACAGCAGGCUCCGCCGAAGCCAACGCCGCAGCUCUCUUCACCGGCCUUCCAAGCGACCUCACGCAGGUCACAGCCAACGACCUGGAAGUUAUCAAGGGCAUCUACAACGCAGCAGAGGACGCCGAGGUCAAUGCCUUCAACCCAGCCAUCGCCGCCGCCACCGGGCCUGCUGCCGACGCGCUCGAGGUCGGCAAGAAUGCCAACAAGGUGCUGAAGCUGACGGCCCAGGUGAUUGGUAUCCAGGUCGAGGCCUCGCAGGGCGGAACCGGCGGUGAUUUCGCGGCCGUGCAGGCUAAGCUUGCCAAGAGCAUUGCGGCUGAUAAGGCGAGCGCUGGGCAGGCGUCGACUGCUGUUUCUUUCGAUGCUACCUCUUAG